AUGGCAACAAUAGUUUCAGGAUCAAUGGGGAGUGACGUAUGGAAGGCGCAUUUGGGUAUGGCAUUGGUGCAGCUAUUCAAUGGUGGGUACCAUGUAAUUACCAAAGUAGCCCUUAACGUCGGGGUUAACCAGUUAGUCUUUUGCCUCUACAGAGAUCUAAUUGCCCUCUCUAUCCUUGCUCCUAUCGCUUAUAUUCGUGAAAAACAGACACGACCGCCCAUUACUAAGGACCUCCUGAUAUCAUUCUUUUUUCUUGGAUUAACUGGGAUAUUUGGCAACCAACUUCUGUUUCUUCUUGGCUUAACCUAUACAAAUCCAACUUAUGCUGCUGCCACACAGCCGGCCAUUCCAGUCUUUACAUUUUUGUUCGCUGUAAUAAUGGGUACAGAAAGAGUAAACUUGCUUAGAUAUGAAGGUCUGGCAAAGGUUGCAGGAACUAUUAUCUGUGUUUCGGGUGCCGUAUUGAUGGUUUUGUAUCGCGGUCCAGCUGUAGUAGGAAAUACAGAAAUUGAUCAUGUAGCACAAAAUGAAAUUAGUGCGAGAGGGAACUGCAUGUGUAUGGCUGCUUUUCUGGCCAUUCAGGCACCGGUAUUAAAAAAAUAUCCUUCAAACCUAUCUGUCACGGCAUAUUCAUACUUCUUCGGAGCUGCUCUGAUGGUGGUGGUGUCAUUUUUUAUGACUAACGAGUCAACUGACUGGAGUCUGACAUCGUCUGAAAUACUUGCUGUUAUUUAUGCUGGAACUAUUGCAUCUGCUCUUAACUAUGGGCUCAUUACAUGGUGCAAUAAGAUUUUAGGUCCAGCUUUGGUUGCCCUAUACAAUCCACUUCAACCCGGCUUUUCUGUCAUACUGUCUCAGAUAUUCCUUGGAAGUCCAGUUUACUUGGGAAGCAUCAUCGGUGGAUCGUUUAUCAUUGCUGGUCUAUAUACAGUUACUUGGGGAUCAUAUAGAGAAAGACGAGCAACGGUUGGAGUUACUCCUCAGGGUCCCGGGGAAACUGAGCCACUUAUCCAUGAUAAAACUGCAUAUCAGAUAGGUCAGAUUUUUUCUGGAACCUCUAGUUUAUCUCCAAAGCUAUCAGAUUAA